AGUGAAUCAAGUUACCAGAGACGAAGCACAUUGUUUCGCGGCAUGUUUCAUAUUUGUGUUGAACGAAAAGAAAGUUGCUUCAUUUUACAGUAGUUUUAUUAUUAAUAUUUCUAAGCUGGGACGAGUUUACGCACAGUGUAUCUGCAGGAAGUGCACCAGAAAGCGCUUAUUCAAAACGGCAUUCAGCAGGAGAGUGUUUGAAUGAAGCGUCUCCAUCGAGUUUUGUGUUGAUUUCUACAUAAUUUAGUUUUCAGCGGGAUUUUAAUUCACCAAACUGAGCAUUUAGUGUAUCCUGCUGGAGUAUAAAUGGCUGGGAUUCUGUUCGAGGAUAUCUUUGAUGUGAAGGAUAUCGAUCCUGAUGGGAAGAAGUUUGACAGAGUUUCUCGUCUUCACUGUGAAAGUGAGUCUUUCAAGAUGGACCUCAUCCUGGACGUCAACAUCCAGAUUUACCCUGUUGAUCUUGGUGACAAGUUCAGACUGGUGAUCGCCAGCACUCUUUAUGAGGACGGGACGCCGGACGAUGGAGAAUACAAUCCUCAAGAUGACCGGCCGUCCAGAGCUGAUCAGUUUGAUUAUGUGAUGUACGGAAAGGUUUAUAGGAUUGAAGGAGAUGAAACGUCUACAGAAGCCGCCACACGACUAUCAGCGUACGUGUCGUAUGGAGGCCUGCUGAUGCGUCUUCAAGGCGAUGCUAAUAAUCUGCACGGGUUUGAAGUGGACAGCAGAGUUUAUCUGCUGAUGAAGAAACUGGCGUUCUGAAGGCUUCAUCGAGGACUUUAUAAUAACUCUGCUCCCCUUUCAUGACAAACUGUGGCCCUUGGGUAAUCUCAAAAUAUCUGCUCAUCAUUUGAAAGCAAAUGCCCUGAUAAAGGUUUUGCAUCUCAUUAUUUGCAUCCGAGUCAUGUGACAUUCUGCCUGUUUAUUUUUUAUCAGUAAAAAUCAGAUUGUGUUAACUAGUAAUGGGCUUUUUGGAUUUGUUAUUUCUUUUCUUUUGCUGGAAUAAAAUGUUUUCAGACUGCUCAUGUGGACAAAAA